AUGGCCGACAAUGACAGAGAGGCGGUCAGCUCAAGUUUGCGAUCGUUCAAAAGGAUCAAGUGCGACGGACGUCGGCCUAAGUGUGGAAAAUGCGACAGAGCUGGGAGCGAGUGUUCUGUGUCCGUUCAGCUGAGAAGAAGGACUACUCCUCGGGGCUACGUAGAGCCAAUCCAUGAGGUCAUUCAAGAGCUUCACCGGGAGCUAGAGACAGCUCGAAACCAGCUGCAAGUAGCCUCUACCCGCGAGCGUGAGCUCGAUGCCACCAUCGCUUCCCAGGCUGAAGAAAUUGAACGGCUCAAAGACGUGAAUGGGCUGUCUCGCAGCAAUGGUGGGCUAGCUGAACAAGGAGAAGACCGCAACCCAGUUUCAUCCACCGGACCCGUGGUGGGACAUCUUGGACGACUAGUUUUAGGCGAUGACAAUGCCGAAUUCUUUGCGGGCUCGACCACCGGUGUUCAUUUCAUCCUGUCAGCACAACAGCAGUACCAAGCUGCAUUUACGUCCCGUGAGCACUUUCCAGAAUGCUUGUUUCGACUUCAUGUGCUUCAGCCCACCCAUAUACGCGGUACCUCAACCGGAAACGUGUUCGUGGAUCGAAGAGCUGGUGGUACAUUUGGUUCUGUGACCAGCUACCAGGCUCAAUGUGACUACAUUCGCAAUGUAGGGGUGCCUGCGAUUCAGGGCAUAUUUGAGAGGUAUCUACAGAAUUGGGGGUCUUUGUACCCUGUCCUGUUAUCAAAGCAAUUCUUCCAAACCCUGGAAAAUAUCAUGACAGAUUCGUCUCUCUUCUUGGUUGAUCGAGGGCGAGUCGUGCCAUUUCUACUCCAAGUAUAUGCUUUGAUGGCAAUUGAGUCUGGGAAGAGCAAUAAUUCAUCCUCGGGCCCCGCUCACCCAUUGGACUACAACGACAUUACGAGCAGCUUGUAUGGCCGCAUGCCAUGUCGCGGAGACCUUUCAAGUCUACAAGCUCUGAUUAUCUAUAUACUUUACCUACAAACAACUUCGCAACACUCGUUGGCGAUCAGAGUCUCUGGCACAGCGGUCAGAUUGGCCCAAUCACUGGGAUUACAUCGCCACUCGAGGCGAUUUAAACACCCCCCUGGUGAAGCUGAGCUGCGGAAGCGCCUAUGGUGGGCCGUGUUUGCUCUUGACGUACAUUCGAGUACCAUUUAUGGACUUCCCAGGACUGUCCAGCUAGCAGACACUGAUACUGAUCUUCCAAUCAACACGGAUUACGACGACCUAUACUGUGACCAGCUUUCUUAUCCCUUACCAGGCGAAACCACCAAUGUUGAGCCCUUUCUUCAUCACGUCCUUUUGACACAAAUUCUCUCCCGGUGCCUCGAGCAGAUGUACACAACUACAAACCGUCGUGGUGGAGUAGCAAAGAUCCAUAGACUUCAACGGGAAAUUGAGGUGUGGAAGCAAAAUGUCCAGUCGGCCUUACCUGGGCUGGCGCUCAUUCAGCAGGAAGUCCACGCCAAACGCGAUAAUAUCCACAACAGCAGCACCGCAAUUCUUUCAUCGCAACAACUUGAUUUCAGCUCACUUUGGCUUUACAUAUUGGGGGAACUCACCGUCAUGCUAAUACACCGUCCCGCAUUGACAUUUGGACCCCAGGAGCCGCAGUUUGUUGACAGCCUGCAAUCAUGCGUGGAAUCGGCAACGAACUUAGUAUUGGCGUUCGAAUAUGCACAGUCGGAAUACCUGAUUACACGCUUGUGGCCGCUGGGAUAUCAUUUCAUCUUCCAAAGUGGGCUGAUGCUCUUGUACGAUCGGUGGUUCGAGGACCUGGCCCGACCGCCUCGAGCUGCAACAAAUAUGUCUAAUUUGGCACCUCUCAUCUGCACCACUGUUAACGUUUUAACAAAACAUGCAGCAUCACUAGACGAAGCAAUGGUUUCGGGGGCCACGAACGUAUUAUCUGCAACGGAAUCUACGCGAACACUCCGCCAAACAGCCUCGUACCUCCACCGUCUGUUCAUCCAAACGAUGGACAGGGAGUCCCCGUCUAUCGGUCAUAACCAGAAUCCAGCAAUCCCGACAGAAGCACCACCUGCCGCGCUUAGCUCGGCUCUUUCAGACCUUGGUGCACUUCAAAGCUUGGAAGCCUCGGCCCUUCCCGAAUACGCCGCGUCGAUGUGGCCACCGCUGUCUAUCGACGAGAUAAACCAAAUGGAAGUCUUUGAAUUUACCGACUCUUUCUUAAUACCAUGGGAUAGCUAG